AUGUCCUGCUACAGCCCGUGCGUGCCCUGCCAGCCCUGUGGCCCGACCCCGCUGGCCAACAGCUGCAAUGAGCCCUGUGUCAGGCAGUGCCAGGACUCCAUCGUUGCCAUCCAGCCCUCCCCCGUGGUGGUGACCCUGCCCGGCCCCAUCCUCAGCUCCUUCCCGCAGAACACCGCCGUGGGCUCCUCCACCUCCGCUGCCGUUGGCAGCAUCCUCAGCUCCGAGGGAGUGCCCAUCAACUCCGGGGGCUUUGGCCUCUCCCGCUUGGGCCUCCGGUGCCUCCCCUGCUAA